GGUUCUGGUUCUCCUACUUAUCCCGCAAGGCAUAUCCGUGCACCCCACGCGCACUCGGAACUGUAGAAAGUUAUUCCCACUUCCAUUAAAAUUUCACUUUCCUAAAAUACCCCUACCCACUUCUUAAAUACAAACAAUACAGUUUUCUCCCAUUCACCCACAAAAAGGCACAAACUCUGUUUUUCAUUCCAACAGAGAAAAAUGAAAAUGAAAGCUGUUGGCUAUUCCUUCUCCUUCAACAGACUAAGUAAGAAGCCAUUCGCCGGAACUGUUGCUUCUGAAGUAGCCGGAGAUCAUCACGAUGUCUUAACUCAGCCGACACCGCCGCCGCCGCAUCGGCAGUCGUCGUUACGGUGGCGAUUCAAAAAUCUGUCUUCUGGAUUGAGAUGGAAGAGUAAAAGGCUUUACAAAUUGCGAUACUGGUUCGUUGAUUGCUUCCUCUUCAAAAUCGUUUCUGUAUUUGAAGCCAUUUUUCUCGUCUCUGCUUUGGCUUUCUUCUACCUCUGCUUCGGAUGCCAUAUCUAGAUUCUUCCAUAAUUCAAAAAUUAGCCUACAUAACAGUGGUAUUCUGAAGAAAUAUUGAUAGUUAGAUUUAAUUUGUUGAGGCUUUUGUAAUGAUUAGAAAGUUUAGUAGACUAACUUAGAGAUUCUUUUGUAAUGUAAUCUUAAUCUUAAUUAAUUAUUAUUCUUUACUUCAAUUAGUCCUAAA